UUAAAUUCUCAUGAAAGAGAUAGUAUUUUGAAUUUUGAAUUUUUUCAAUAGACAGUGAUGACUUGCUGAAUACACUCUUCAAUAUUUUCAUCUUUAUUCAACAUUGUGGUGGUUAUUAAUUAAUUAAUGAAGAUUAAGAUUAUGAAUUUACAAGAUUUUUAUCAUUUCAGUGUUUUUAUCAUUUUGAUGUGGUGCACUCACUAGAGGUGAGUGAGGAAGCAGCGGCACGAGUAGUUUAUAAUAUCUUGCGGUUACAUGAACUAUAAAUAUUCAUGUAGAGAUUGAACAAACAAUUCAUCAUCAAUUAUAACAUCAAACUCUUCCAUCUCUUAAAAUACCCCAGUGCCGCAUCUCAGGCCAAUGAUCCAGUCUGCUCUGAGGCGCUUUUCAACCAUGACUAGUUCCAAUUCAACUUCGUGUUCUCCUUUCACCAGAGCAGUCGUGGACUCAAUGAGGAAACUAUACCCUGAAUGCCUAGCAGAUAAAUCGUUUGAUAAUACCGGCCUGCUUCUGGAAUCCCCAUUUAGUUUUACAAGGCGACAAAAGAAUUCAGUCCUAUUGACUAUUGAUCUGACGAAGGCUGUGGCUAAUGAAGCAAUUGAGCGUGGGGAUUCUAUCAUUAUUGCAUACCAUCCAAUAAUUUUCCGCGGCCUCAAGUCCCUUACGUUAAACGAUCCGCAACAAGACUCGCUCCUCCGUCUUGCCCAAAACGGUAUCAGCGUCUACAGCCCACACACAGCCGUUGAUGCCGCCCCCGGCGGAAUGGCAGAUUGGCUCUUGGACGUCGCCCUCCAACCCAAGUCCAGCCCUAGAGGCACAUUCGCCCCCCACAACCGCUCCGUCAUUUACCCGGAACAAAACCCACCUCCCGGAUUCGAAGCCGCCGGCAUGGGCCGCAUAGCUACCCUGAAGCAGCCCGGCCCCUUAAAAUUGGUUAUCGCGAAUCUCAUGGCCAACCUGGAUAAACCCGACGGCAUCCCCAUUGCUCUGCCACAGGGCAAAGGAAUACUAGAAAUGCCCGACAUCCGCACCAUUGCCACAUGUGCCGGCUCCGGCUCCUCGAUCCUGAUGAAGAACGGGAAACCCGUCGCGGACGUGCUGGUUACGGGCGAGAUGAGCCAUCACGAUGCCCUGGCCGCGAUUGAGAAUGGGGCUGCUGUGGUGUCGCUCUUCCAUUCUGAUUCUGAGCGCGGGUAUCUGAGCGCGGUCAUGCGGGGGAAGCUGGAGGAGGCGCUGCGGGGUGAAUGGGAUGCGGUGCGCGCCCAGGAGGCGGCUGCGUUGGCGGGAAGCGAUGGUGAGAGAGACAUAAGGGAUUGGCUGAGUGAUUCAAACUUUACUGUCAGCGUGAGCGAAAUGGAUCAUGACCCUUAUGAGAUUUGGACUAGUUCUUGAGUUUUUGCUUUUUGUCUCUUUUUCUUUCUUAUCUUGGGAUGGAACGAUAUGUGCACUCAGCCACACCAGGAUAUCAUAGGCGAUUAUAGAAUCUAAUCAAAGAUACCUGAUCAAAUGCGUGCUAGGAAAUUGAUGCCUUCUGCAGGAUCUGCUGAGCAUAGUUACACGUCUGUCUAAUUAUCCGGGAAACUACGAGGGGGAGAAGACUAUAUGCAAAAGAUAUCAAGCCGAUAUACUUAUAAUAUUCCUCGUAGUAAAUUAACUGUACAUAUGCGGGCAUCGAGAACAAGCCCCUAUGUGUCCAGCAAAGCCUAACUUAAUAGUACUCUAAUUUCCCCAGUCGUCCUGGGGAACAAGGAGCGCAGUCUCCAAUUAUCUACAUGUGACUCUUCCACGUCUAUUUCCUCUUCCUCCGCUUCCGCAUCGUCACCAUCUUCACCAACGGCAGACUUCCCUCGCGCCUCAUCCG